AUGGUGUCAUUCGCAGUUGAUAAGCUUCAACCCGAUGGUAGCGCGGCAAUUGAGCAUGGUGAACCAGUUGCUCAGCAGCGGGUAUACCCAGGAGAAGAUACACUCGCACCAGCAGAGGCCGGCAGUGGAGAUGGGCCCACGAGUGAUCCAGAAUAUAUGAACCCCAGUGGCUGCCCACCAAUAGCCAUAGUGGGCAUGGCCCUGCGCCUCCCCGGCGGGCUCAAAUCCCCCUCGGACCUCUGGACCUUCCUCCUCGAAAAACGCAACGGCGUCUGCGAAGUGCCCGGGACCCGCUACACCGUGGACUCCUUCUACAGCAGCACCCAACCCCGCUCCGUGAAAACCCGGCACGGAUACUACCUCCAGGAGGACCCCGCAUGUUUCGACGCCCCGUUCUUCUCAAUAAACGCGCACGAAGCAGGAAGAAUGGAUCCGCAGCAGCGGCAACUUCUCGAAGUGCUCUGGGAGUGUCUCGAAAGCGCCGGAGAGACAAAUUGGCGGGGCAAGCGGAUCGGAUGCUAUGUGGGCGUGUAUGGGGAGGAUUGGUUGGAUCUGGCGAGCAAGGACCCCCAGCAUACGGAUCGGUAUCAUAUUUUGGGCACGGGGCAGUUUGCGCUGUCGAAUCGGUUGUCGUAUGAGUUUGAUUUUCAGGGGCCGAGUAUGACGCUACAAACAGGCUGCUCAGCUUCGCUAGUAGGUCUCCACGAAGCAUGCCAGGCCCUGUACUCAGGCGACUGCUCCUCGGCCAUUGUCGCAGGGACGAAUCUCAUGUUCACACCUACAAUGACCGCAACCAUGUCUGACAACACCGUCAUGUCACCAACAGGGACGUGCCGAACAUUCGACGAGAAAGCAGAUGGUUACGGACGCGGCGAAGGCGUGAACUCACUAUACGUGAAGAGACUCGAAGAUGCCAUUCGAGACAACGAUCCUAUUCGCGCCGUCAUCCGUGCCACGUCUACAAACUGUGAUGGGCAUACGCCUAGUAUCACGACGCCGGGCUCGCAUUCCCAGGAGGCGCUUGCGCGCUGGGCGUAUAAGAAAGCUGGAAUUGCUGAUAUUACGCAGACCGGGUUCUUUGAGUGUCAUGGCACUGGAACCGUAGCCGGGGAUACGGCUGAAGCAUCGGUUGUAGCAAAGUUGUUUGAGGGGAAGGGGAUUAUCAUUGGAGCUGUCAAACCAAACGUCGGGCACGGCGAAGGGGCCUCGGGAAUUAGCAGUGUGAUCAAAGGGGUCCUCUCGCUUGAGCACAAGACAAUUCCACCAAACGUCUUCUUCGACAAAUGGAACCCCAACAUCCCUUUUGAAGAGGGUAAACUACAUGUCCCCGUUGAAGCCAUGACGUGGCCGGAAGGUCGAGCUGAACGCGUGAGCGUGAAUUGCUUCGGGGUUGGCGGCGCGAAUGCCCAUGCUAUUCUUGAUUCCGUGCCCUCAUUUUGUGGUGAGAGACUACGACCGGUUACUGCGCCUGCUGAAAGUGCACGAUUGCUGGUUGUUUCGUCGAGGAGUGCAGAGAGUCUGAAGCAACGUAUUCGGGCGAUUACAGACUAUGCAAACAGUGACCUGGCCAAACUCCAGAAUCUCGCGUAUACACUCGGUGUUCGGCGGGAGCAUCUGUCGCAUCGUGCUUUUGUAGUUGCGAAGCCGAAUGAGCUUAUCAGCGAGACUGACUUUCAGACUGCGCGGGAUAAAGCGCCGGAACUGACGCUUGUGUUUACAGGGCAGGGCGCUCAGUGGCCGGGGAUGGGGAGGGAUCUGCUAGACGCUUUUCCGUCGGCGAGAAGAGAUAUUCAGAGUCUAGAGCAGGUGCUGAAAGAUCUCGCAGAUGCCCCCGCAUGGUCGCUGGAAGAGGAACUCUGCAAGGCCGAAAAUAGCAGAGUAAACGAAGCCGAGAUCUCCCAACCACUCUGCACAGCCUUGCAGAUUGCCCUCAUCAACAUUCUCUCCGCUUGGGGGGUCAAAGCCUCUUCUGUCGUUGGCCACUCGAGUGGUGAGAUCGCAGCUGCAUACGCCGCUGGUGCGAUAACAGCAAAGUCGGCCAUCAUCAUUGCGUACUACCGGGGUAAGCUCGCUAAACAGGUCGAGGGCAAGGGCGCCAUGGCAGCUGUCGGCCUUGGGCAAGAAGAGGUCGUGCCGUUAUUGGAAGAUGGGGUGAUUAUUGGAUGCGAGAAUAGUCCCAGUAGUGUGACGCUGUCUGGGGAUAGCAAUGCGGUUGAGAGAGUCAUGGAGAAAGUCAGGAGCAACUUCCCGGAUGCACUCUGUCGUCGCCUACGGGUGGCUACGGCAUAUCAUUCUAACCACAUGAGCGAGAUAGCACCCCAGUACGAGGAGGCUAUUGCGAGCCACAUUCAUCACAGUGACAGCAUGCUGCCUCUCUUCUCCAGCGUGACGUCUACCACGAUUACCGAGCCGCCGGAGCUCGGUGCCUCAUACUGGCGUCGGAACCUCGAGUCGCCUGUUCUCUUUUCCUCUGCUGUGCGGUCCAUCCUGUCCAAAUCGAAGAAUCGCGCGUUCCUGGAAAUCGGGCCACACUCGGCCUUGUCUGGACCACUCCAGCAGAUCUUUCGUGCGCUCGAAACGAAAUCAGACCUCAACUAUAUCCCAACACUGACCAGAUACGAGGGCAAUAGUCGUGCGCAGCUCCUAUCGUCUGCCGGCCUCGCGCAUUCAUGCGGCGUUUCUAUAGACCUCGAGGCAAUAAACGGCACAGGCAAUACACUCGGCAACCUCCCCCCGUACCCAUGGCAGCACAGCACAAAAUACUGGCACGACAGCCGGCUAACGCGAGACUGGCGAUUCAGAAAAUAUCUGCACCACGAGAUCCUCGGCGCCCGCAGCGUCGAGUCUUCCGAGUUGGAACCGGCCUGGCGAAACGUCCUCCGCCUGGAAGACGUCCCCUGGAUCAGCGAGCACGCACUGCAGGGCAACGUCAUCUUUCCAGCGGCGGGCUACAUCUCCAUGGCCGGCGAGGCAGCGCUCCAACUAAACCCCGACGCAAACGAUUACUCGAUCAAGAACAUGGUGAUCAAGAACCCGCUGCUGAUGAAGGAGUCGGCGGACUACGAACUCAUCACGACGCUUAAGCCCGUCAAGAUAACCGACCUCCUUGAGUCGGAAUGGUACGCGUUCACAAUCGCCUCGUUCGACGGCACCUCUUGGACGAAACACUGCCACGGCCAGGUGCGCGCCGGAACGGACAACGACCAUGCACCACCAGGUCGAGCCAUCACACAGCACGCCCGCGUUCUAGACGUCGAUACUUGCUACCGCUACGUUGACAGACUAGGCUUCGCCUACGGGCCUCUCUUCCGCCGCUUCCAGUCCCUCUCCGUGGACCCGACCACGCGCAAAGCCGCCGGAACACUCCUGGACCUGGACAUCACCCCGCCGAGUCGGUAUACCCUGCACCCGGCGAUAAUGGACCACAUGCUACAGACCUUCCCCAUGGCCAUAGCACAGGGCCUCUCGCGGCGAUUCCAGAUCAUCGUCCCCGCCGCGAUUGGACACAUCUACGUGCGUCCGCCGGCGAUCAAGGAAAUGAGUCUGGAAGCUCUUAUGGCGGAGACGGGGUUCGGGACUUGGACGGGGCAGGGGAUCAUGAUGGCUGGUGAGGAACUCGUGUUGUCCAUGACGGAUCUCGCGGGGUUUCCGGCGUCCGCGGCGGAUGCUGUGGCGUCGGGGAUUCCGGUCGGGUCGCAGAUUCGGUGGAAACCGGAUGUCGAUUUUGUCCACCCGAGUAGUCUGCUUAAGCCAUCGGUGCUUGACGAGAGGUAUGAGAAAGUGAUGGCUGCCAGUCGGGAUUUGGCGGCUCUGUAUGUGCUCAACAUGGCGGCGAAAGUGGCCAACAUUACCUCCGAGCCUGAGAAAGUGCAAUGGAAGACGUGGAUCACCGAAACCGCCUCGAGACUAGAGAAACAAUAUCCGGAAUGGAGCCGCAUGACUCCGGACGCGCGCAAAGACCUCAUCACAACCAUUUUAUCACAGGUUCCGAAAGAAGACGACGAUGAGCCAGCUCCGUUGGCGUGUAUGCGCUAUAUCUACGAGCACUGCGUGGAGAUAAUCACCGCAAAGACACUCCCAGACGAGGCACUCAGUCAGAUAGACAACUACGCUACUUACCUGCAAGCAACGCAAGACUGGAGCCACUUCCUCUCACUUCUCGGCCACUCGAACCCUGUCAUGCGCAUUUUGGAAAUUGGAGAUGGCAUCGGGGCAGCCACAAGUGCAGUUCUGAAGCAUCUGAAGUCUCCGGAAGGCGUUCGACUUUAUUCGAGUUAUGCCUUGACCAAUGCAGCCGAGGAGAAUUUGGAGUCAGCCAAGAAGAGGUUUGUCGAUGAGGAUGUUGAGUUUAAAGAGUUUGAUGUUACCAAAGGUGUUGAGCAACAAGGGUUUGAACUGCAUAGUUUUGAUCUGGUUAUUGCGUCCAAGAUUCUUCGCCAUCCGGCUCAGUUGAACACGUCGCUAAAGAAUAUCCAUGACCUUCUCGCGCCUCGUGGAAGGCUGCUGCUUCACGAUCUCAACCCAGAGAGCCUGUCAACCAACUACAUCCUGGGCCUAGUCCCAGGCUGGACACCGGGACCAGAGGACCGCCAGCAAAUGCCGCCAUUGGAGGAGCUCAAUACGGCUCUCCGUACUGCAGGCUUCCAAGGUAAAGAGGCGACCAGCUGGGAUAUCGAGCCACCACAGCAUACUACCUUGAGCAUCUUAGCUAGUGUCUCUCCAGAAGAAGCAGAGAACAGGACCAUCGUCUUGCUCACUGAAGGUACCCCAGGCCCCUGGGCUGAGGUGCUCAAAACUACUCUCACCAAUCAAGGAUACACAGUCGGCACAAGUACGCUACAAAGGGACCUCCCCUUCGACGACAAGUCUAUGAUCAUAUCCCUCCUCGAUAUAAGCGGUCCCUAUUUACAUAACAUGUCCGAAGACGGUUACAUCGCUCUGCAGAACCUGCUGGCCAGGAUAGAGAAAACUCCCAUCCUCUGGAUAACGAAGACAUCCCAGAUCCGGUGUACUGAUCCACGUUACGGACUCAUCUUUGGCUUCGCCCGGACAAUGAGACAUGAGAAGGAGGCUGACUUUAGCAUUUUCGAGACGGAUACCUUUGACGAGGAGGCGGCACAUUCGCUAGUCAAGGUUAUUGAGAAGCUUGCAUGGUCCCGACAGACACCAGGUGUUCAUCGGGAGUAUGAGUUCUCGCUCUACGAGGGUGACAUACAUGUAGGCCGGUGCCAUUGGAUUGCACCUACCGAUCAGAUGGAAAGUCACUCCUCGGAGACCUUACCGCGACGCUUGGAUAUCGAGUCCUUAGGCUCGAUAGACACCUUGCGCUGGACGCCCUUCGAGGACCCCGAGUUGAGGGAUGGUGAAGUCGAGAUUGACAUGCACUACGUUGGGCUGAACUUCCGAGUACGAUUCCCUCCCUAUCGAGCUCACAGAGAACUAAUAUCAGAGAAAGGACAUCCUCGUCGCCCUCGGCCUCUUUGGCGAACCCAACGAAUUCGGUCUCGAAGGCAGCGGAAUCAUCCGCAGAGUCGCCCCGGGCGCUAUUCGAGACUUGAAGCCCGGUGAUCGAGUUGCUCUUCUAACUACUGGGACGUUCCGCACGCGGUUCGUCGUGCACUCAAGGUAUUGUAUCCGCGUUCCCGAGCAAGUGUCGCUUGAGGAUGCAGCGACGAUGCCCUCAGUCUACAUCACUGCUUGUUAUUGUCUCGUGCAUUUGGCGCGGCUGAAUAAGUCGGAGGUACGCCCGGAUAUCUUUUUCGUAUGCAAUACGAGAUGAUACUAAUUACUGCAGACUGUGUUGGUCCACUCGGCUUGCGGAGGGGUUGGACUGGCUGCGAUUCGCGUUUGCGAAUAUAUCGGCGCCACUGUACGUAUCCAUGCACGAGUCCGUGAACUCAUGCUAACGCCACCAGGUCUACGCAACAGUCGGCAGCGAAGAAAAAGCCCAAUACCUCAUGGGCCGCUUCAACAUCCCCCGCCACCGGAUCUUCAACUCGCGCAGCACAGAGUUCCUGCACGACGUGAUGCGCGAGACCAACGGCCGCGGCGUCGACGUCGUACUGAACUCUCUUACUGGUAGUCUUCUGCACGCCUCAUGGGACUGCCUCGCCUCGUUCGGACGCAUGAUCGAACUGGGCAAGCGAGAUUUCCUGAGUAACGGGCAGCUGAAUAUGGGUCCGUUUAUCAAGAAUCGGGCGUAUAUUGGGUUUGAUCUUACGCAGGUUGGGAAAGAGGCGUAUCAUACUUAUGAGGCGAUGCACACGCAAUUCGAAGAGCUGAGUGCAAAGGAUGAACUCGUGCCCAUCCGCCCAGUCAAGGUGUAUGAAGCGACUGAGGUCGUUGACGCUUUUCGAUACAUGCAGCAGGGGGUUCACAUGGGUAAGAUCUUGGUUAAGAUGCCCGAGGAUCCGGCUAGCUUGACAUUCUCGCCCGGCCUGUCUCCGUUCUCGUUCAAUCCGGAUGCCUCGUAUCUUCUUGCUGGCGGUCUUGGUGGCCUUGGGCGAUCGGUCUCAACUUGGAUGGUGGAGCAAGGUGCUCGUCAUCUAGUGUUCCUCUCGCGAUCCGCCGGUCAGUCUGAUGGUGAUAAAGCAUUUGUCCGGGAGCUUGCAACGCAGGGAUGUCAGGCGAUCUGCGUUCCUGGAGAUGUCACUGUCAAGGAAGAUGUGGAGCGGGCUGUAUCCCAGUGUCCUAGGCCUCUUGCCGGUGUGGCCCAGCUGUCCGGUGUGCUCAGGGACGCCAUGUUCGACAAAAUGACACACGAAGAGUGGACAACAUGCCUCGCUCCAAAAGUCCAAGGAACAUGGAACCUGCACAACGCAAUACAAGAUCUAAAGCUGGACUUCUUCAUCCUCGUCGGCUCCGUCUCUGGCGUGUGCGGAACCCCCGGACAGGCAAAUUACGCGGCAGCAAACAGCUUCCUAGGCUCCUUCACAACCUACCGCCGCAGUCUCGGUCUGUCCGCCGGUAUAGUCGACCUCGGCGCCAUUGAGGACGUCGGCAUGUUGGCGAAGAACCCAGAGCUCAUUCAAAAGGCGCAGUCCUUUGCUCUGUGCUUCCCGACUGAACAGCAGCUGAUUGACGGAUUGAAACUCGCGCUUUCGCAGUGUGCGGUGCCUCCACCCCCAGAGUCGAAACAGUCAACCUCCUGCAUAAUCGGCCUCUCAAACACAAAGCCCCUCUCAAACCCCAACACCCGGCCCCUCUGGGUCCGGAACGACGCGCGCUUCGCCCUAUACACGAACCUCGAAUCGCAAAGCUCCGAGCCCGUCCAGGGACAGAGCAACGAACUGCGCGCUCUCCUCCGGCGCGUAGAACACAACCCCGCGCUGUUAAACGACCCCGAAUCCGAGGCGAUCGUGCGCCGCGAGAUUGGGACUCAGGUGACGCAGCGGAUGGCGCAGGCGCAGGAUAUGGAUGAGGAUGAGGUUGCGGCGAUUGCGAUUGAUUCGCUCAUGGCGAUUGAGAUUCGCGGGUGGGCGCGGCGGAAUCUGGGGCUGGAGAUUACACUUGUGCAGAUUGCCAAGGCGAAGACUGUGGGGGGGUUGACGAGGGCGGCGAUUGAGCAUUUGAAGGUCAAGUAUGGGUUGGAUGAGGCGAAGGCUGGGGAUGAGGAUGGGAACGGGGAGCGAGAUGAGAGGAGACAGGAAUGAUUCUGGCUGUUUUGAUUGCAUAGUUUGAUGAUGUAGAUAGGCUAUGUAUAGGGUGCAGAUGCGCAUCCGAGGUAACGUUGUCGGCUUGCUGUGCCCGGAGGGGAUUCGACUAUCAUAGUCCCGUUGGACCCUGUAUAAGUCGGUCUCCCUAUAUAUG